AUGGAAAUCGAUGACGCCCCCACACCCUCAUCCUCCAGCGACCACCCAACCCCCAAUCAGUCCACAGUCACCGACACCGCAACAGUUACCCUGCCACAGCGGCCCAACCAAGCCGAAGGCAAGGGACCAGCAGUAAAGGAGAAGGAGGAAGAAGAGGAGGAAGAGGAGAGCUCGUCGGAGGAGGAUGAGGCUGGAGCGGACGCAACGUUGGGAAGGCAGGAUAAGGAGACGAUGCGGAAGGAUAGAAGUUUGGCGGAGUUGUUAAUGAUGAUGGAUGAGUAUAAGCCUAUUCUGCCCGACUCAGUAACUGACUACUACAUGACCCGCUCCGGCUUCGAAUGCGAGGACACCCGCGUCAAGCGUCUCCUCGCCCUCGCCGCGCAAAAGUUCAUAUCAGACAUCGCCGUUGAUGCGCUGCAGUACUCGCGCAUCCGCUCGCAGCAGCCGCUGCCGAAGGACCGUAGGAGCGUCGUGAAGGAUAAGAGGACGGUGCUGACCAUCGAUGAUUUGUCGGCCGCGUUGGCGGAUCAUGGGGUCAAUAUCAAGAAACCGGAGUAUUAUUUGUAG